AAAAAGGAGGAGUGUAGGGGCUGGGAGGAGUCCGGGAACUGCUAUUUGUAGAUCCUUGUGAUGGAUUACUGCCGUGUGUGUGCGUGCGUGUGUGUGUGAGAGUGUGAGUGUGUGUGUGUGUAGGAGAGCACAGAUUUUUUGUUCCCUUUCUUUUCACGCUGCUGAGCAAACAGUGUUGCAUUGAAAAGCGCUGAAGCAACUCUAGUAGAGAGAGAGAGAGAGUUUUUGUGUGUGUGUGUGUGUGUGUGCGCGCGCAUUGGAUCUGGAAGCGCUGUAGUUUUUUUGGGGGAGUCUUAGGAAGAUCAUGCCUGCGAGAGGAGGAUGUUGUCUGCUGGAGGUGUGUGUGUGGGUUUUGCUGCUGGUGUGUAAGACUGGCAGCGGGUGCCCGGCGCUCUGCACAUGCAGCGGCACCACUGUGGACUGCCACGGGCUCGGACUCAAGAACAUGCCCAGGAACAUUCCCAGAAACACAGAGAGGCUGGAACUGAAUGGAAACAACCUCACACGCAUCAACAGAAACGACUUUUCUGGCCUCAAGUAUCUUCGAGUUUUGCAGCUGAUGGAGAACCAGAUUGUAACGGUGGAGCGGGGUGCGUUCGACGAGAUGAGAGAGCUGGAGAGACUACGUCUGAACAGAAAUCAGCUUCACCAGCUUCCAGAGCUCCUGUUCCAGAAGAACGCCGCUCUGUCCAGACUAGACCUGAGUGAGAACUUCAUCCAGGCGAUUCCUCGAAAAGCCUUCAGAGGAGCGACAGACAUCAAGAACCUGCAGCUGGACAAGAACCACAUCAGCUGCAUCGAGGAUGGAGCGUUCAGAGCCAUGCGCGGGCUAGAAGUGCUAACGCUGAACAACAACAACAUCAGCAGCAUCCCAGUGUCCAGCUUCAACCACAUGCCCAAACUCAGGACAUUCCGUCUGCACUCCAACAGUCUGAACUGUGACUGUGUGCUGUCGUGGCUCUCUCAGUGGCUCCGCGAGCGGCCCAACAUCGGUCUGUUCACUCAGUGCAGCUCUCCAGCGCCGCUGAGAGGACUCAAUGUAGCAGAGGUGCAGAAACACGAGUUCAGCUGCUCAGGUCAGUCUGACAGUGCUGUGGUUCAGUCGUGUAGUUUGAGCAGUGGCUCGUGUCCCGCCGUCUGCUCCUGCAAUAACAACAUCGUGGACUGCAGAGGAAAAGCCCUGACCCUGAUCCCGAGCAGCCUGCCUGACAGCAUGGCGGAGAUACGACUGGAACAGAACAGCAUCAAAUCCAUUCCUCCUGGAGCCUUCUCUCCUUACAAGAAACUGCGCAGAAUAGAUCUCAGCAAUAACCAGAUUUCUGAGCUCGCUCCAGACGCUUUCCAGGGCCUGCGUUCACUAAACUCAUUGGUUCUGUAUGGAAACAAGAUCACAAAUCUGCCCAGAGGAGUGUUUGAUGGCCUGCACGCACUGCAGCUUCUUCUUUUGAAUGCAAAUAAGAUCCACUGUCUCCGUGCGAACACCUUCCAGGACCUGCAGAAUCUCUCUCUGCUCUCUUUAUAUGACAACAAGAUCCAGACGCUGGCCAAAGGCACCUUCAGCUCGCUGCGGGCCAUACAGACACUUCAUCUGGCUCAGAAUCCAUUCAUCUGCGAUUGUAACCUGAAGUGGCUGGCGGAUUACCUGCGCUCCAACCCCAUCGAGACCAGCGGAGCGCGCUGCACCAGCCCUCGACGCCUCGCCAACAAACGCAUCGGACAGAUCAAGAGCAAGAAGUUCCGCUGCUCCGCCAAAGAGCAGUACAUCAUUCCAGGAACUGAAGACUCCAGGCUGAAUAACGACUGCAAUAAUGAUCCGGUGUGUCCUCCUAAAUGCCGCUGUGAGUCUAAUGUCGUGGACUGCUCCAAUCUGAGACUGGACCGCAUCCCUGAACACAUCCCAGCAUCCACCACUGAACUGCGUCUCAACAAUAAUGAGAUCACAACAAUAGAGGCCAUGGGUGCUUUUAAGACUCUUUCUCACCUCAAGAAAAUAAACCUGAGCAACAAUAAGAUCUCGGAGAUUGAGGACGGAGCAUUUGAAGGAGCAUCUUCAGUCAAUGAGCUGCAUCUGACGGCAAACCAGCUGGACUCGGUGCACAGCGGGAUGUUUAGAGGGCUGGAAGGCCUGCGCAUGCUGAUGCUGCGCAACAAUCGCAUCAGCUGCAUCCACAACAACAGCUUCACAGGAUUGCACAAUGUGCGUCUGCUGUCCCUGUACGACAACACGCUGACCACCAUCGCACCCGGAGCCUUCGACACGCUGCAGAGCCUCUCCACACUGAACCUGCUGGCUAACCCGUUCAACUGUAACUGUCGGCUGGCGUGGCUGAGCAGCUGGCUGAGAAACCGCAAGAUUGUGACGGGGAACCCUCGAUGCCACCGGCCCGCCUUCCUCAAGGAGAUCCCCCUCCAGGACGUCGCCGCUCCAGACUUCCGCUGUGAAGAUGAUCAUGAGGACGCAAGCUGUGCGCCGCCGGUCCACUGUCCUGCCGACUGCACCUGUCUGGAGUCUGUGGUUCGCUGCAGCAACAAACACCUGCAAGCUUUACCCAAAGGCAUCCCGCGCAACAUCACCGAACUGUAUCUGGAUGGGAACCAGCUGAGCAUGGUGCCAAAGGAGCUGUCGUCCUUCAAGAGUCUGCAGCUGGUAGAUUUGAGCAACAACAGGAUCAGCUCUCUGACCAACUCCUCCUUCACCAACAUGAGCCAGCUGACCACACUGAUCCUGAGUUAUAACGCUCUGCGCUGCAUCCCUACUCUGGCCUUCAGUGGCCUGCGCUCGCUCCGCCUGCUAUCUCUGCAUGGGAAUGAUAUCUCUGAGCUGCCGGAUGGGAUCUUCACUGACGCUCAGUCACUGUCGCAUCUGGCGAUCGGGGCCAAUCCUCUGCACUGUGACUGCGGGCUCCGCUGGCUCUCAGACUGGGUGAAGACCGGCUAUAAGGAGCCCGGCAUCGCCCGCUGCGCCAGCCCGCACGGCAUGGAGGGAAAACUGCUGCUCACCACGCCUGCAAAGAGGUUCGAGUGCCAAGGUGAGGUGGACUCUGCUAUCCUAGCGAAGUGUAACCCGUGUGCGUCCGGGCCGUGUCUGCAUCAGGGUGUGUGUGAGGCGGAUCAGACAGACGGUUACAGGUGCAGGUGUGCAGACGGAUUCAAGGGUAAGAACUGUGAGACGGUGGUGAACGUGUGCGUCAGUGAGCCGUGUAAAAACGGAGGAACAUGUCACGUGUCCACAGAUGAGGAUGAAGGAUACAGCUGUUCGUGUGCUGCUGGUUUUGAAGGUCCCUCAUGCGAGACGGACACUGACGAGUGUAGAGAUAAUGACUGUCAGAACGGAGCCACCUGCAUAGACGGCAUCAACAACUACACGUGUCUGUGUGCCCCGUUUUACACAGGGGAGAUGUGUGAGGAUUUGGAGGACAUGUGCUCAUCUGCACGCAGCCCCUGUAAACAGCAGUCCACCUGCUUCAUCACAGUCACCGGACCAAAGUGUAUCUGCGCUGCUGGUUAUGUGGGUGAGGACUGCAGUGUGAAUUAUGAUGACUGUAAGGAUCACCGCUGUCAGAACGGAGCUCAGUGUGUGGACGAGGUCAAUGGAUACUCCUGUGUCUGCCAGAAGGGAUACAGUGGUCAGCUUUGUGAAGUGGCGCCUCCUCCUCGUUCUCCGUGUGAGCGGGCCGACUGCCAGAAUAACGCCCCAUGUGUGGAGCGCGCUGGGCACCCGCUGUGCCAGUGUCUGGAGGGCUUCGGUGGGCCGCGCUGUGAAAAGCUGGUCAGCGUCAACUUUGUGGACCGAGACUCGUAUCUGCUGCUGAGCGACCUGAAGAACUGGCCACAGGCUAACAUCACGCUACAGGUGUCCACAGCAGAAGAUAAUGGCAUUCUUCUGUACAAUGGUGACAAUGAUCAUAUUGCAGUGGAGAUUCAUGAAGGUCAUGUUAAAGUCAGCUACGACCCCGGCAGCCAACAAAGCCACGCCAUCUACAGCACUGAGACGGUCAAUGAUGGUCAGUUCCACACCGUAGAGCUGGUGACCUUUGACCAGAUGGUGAAUCUCUCUAUAGACGGCGGCAGCCCCACAACCAUGGACAGCUUCGGGAAGGUGCAGCCGCUGAGGGGAGAAGCUCCGCUGUAUGUAGGAGGCAUGCCGGUGAGCGUUCACCCCACAGCGCCGCGGGUCUGGCAGAUCCAGAACAGCUCCAGCUUCCACGGCUGCAUCCAGAACCUGUACAUCAACAAUGAGCUGCAGGAUUUCACCAAAACACAGAUGAAGCCUGGAGUGGUGCCUGGAUGUGAGCCCUGCAGAAAGAUAUACUGCCUACAUGGCAUCUGCCAGCCCAACACCGCCACCGGGCCCGUGUGCCACUGCCAGCCGGGCUGGAGCGGGCAGCACUGUGACCAGCCACUGGCAAACCCCUGCAUGGGCAGCAAGUGUGUUCACGGCAGGUGUAUACCGAUGGACAUGCAGUCGUACCGCUGUGAGUGCCAGGAGGGUUUUCAUGGUGCGCUGUGCAACCAACAUGAAGAACUGUUCAACCCGUGCCGAAAACUGCAGUGCAAACACGGCCACUGCCAGAUCUCUGACACGGGAGACGCGUACUGCCACUGCGAGCCAGGCUACAGCGGAGACCUGUGUGACCGCGAGUCGGAGUGCCGCGGAGAGCCGGUGCGGGACUUCUACCAGGUUCAGCGUGGUUACUCCAUCUGCCAGACCACACGCAUGGUGUCGUGGGUGGAGUGCAGCGGUGUGUGUGAGUCCGGCUCCUGCUGCGCCAGCCAGCGGAUGAAGCGCCGGAAAUACAGCUUCGAGUGCAGCGAUGGCACGUCCUUCAGCGAGGAGGUGGAGAAAACCAUCAAGUGUGGCUGCGUGGGGUGCAUGUAGGACACGACCUGCAGCACACCGUCAUCACAGCUGCAAAACACACCAUCCCCCAUUGGGUAUUCAGAGACGACAACCCGUAACAACUCCCGGAUAAAUUCAGCCUCUCUUUGUGCUCGGGCUCGUUUCAGCAGGACAGAAAAAUCACGUCUUUUUGUUGUUUUUUUUUGAGUGACUCUCUCUGGACGUGUAUCUGAGCAGAUAAUGGCGAUGCAAGAACGGAGCUUCCACAUUUGCCAGCACAAAACAAGCUAAAUGUAAUAUAUAUAUAUAUAUAUAUCUGUGAAAUGGAGCGUGCGAUGGAACGACAUGCUGUCCAGACAGAUAUUUUCAGUCAUUUUGUGAUUAUGUGGGGCACACGGGACUCUUCGGCACGUCCUAAAUCCACAGUGCACGUGAUUAAUAGAAGAUGCAUCGGACAAAAUAACAUGCUCCUUAUACAGUUAUCAUAGGAGCUGCUUUACAGUAUCUCAGCCUUUGCUAGAAAACACAGUCAAACUAAAUCCAAUAGAUGACAUGGCGGGAAAAAAUACCAUUCGAUGCUCCUUAUACAGCUACCAAACGAGCUUCUUUACAAUAUCUCGACUUUUGGUAGAAAACGAAGGUCAAACUAAAUCCAUUAGAUGACAUGGUGGACAAAAAUACCCAUGCGACGCUCCUUAUAUAAUUCUAUACGAGCUUCUUUACAGUAUCUCGACUUUUAAUAGGAAACAAAAGUCAAACUAAAUCAAAUAAAUGACACUGAGGAUAAAAAUACCCAUGCAACACUCCUUAUAUAGUUACCAAAGGAGCUUCUUUACAUUAUCUCGACUUUUAAUAGGAAACAAAAGUCAAACUAAAUCGACUCAUCAACAAAAUUAUUAAUUAAUAAAAAUACCUAUUCAGUGCUCCUUAAACAGUUAUCGAAGGAGCUUUUUUACAAUAUCUGGACUUUCAGUAGAAAACCAAGUCAAACUAAGUCAAAUACACGACCUGGCGGACAAAAAAUACAAGUUUGACACUACUUAUAAAGUCACCAAAGGAGCUUCUUUACAAUAUAUUGGUAGAAAAUAAAAGUCAAUCUAAAUCCAAUAGAUGAUAUGGAGGACUAAAAUACCUAUUCAACACUCCUUACAUAAUUACCGAAGAAGCUUCUUUACAAUAUCUCGACUUGUAAUAAAAAACGGAAGUCAAACUGAAUGGAAUAGAUGACACGGAGGAUAAAAAUACCCAUUCAAUGCUCCUUAUAUUGUUACCAAAGGAGCUUUUUAACAAUAUCUGGACUUUCAGUAGAAAACCAAGUCAAACUAAGUCAAAUACACGACCUGGCAGACAAAAAAUACAAGUUUGACACUCCUUAUAAAGUCACCAAAGGAGCUUCUUUACAAUAUAUUGGUAGAAAAUAAAAGUCAAUCUAAAUCCAAUAGAUGAUAUGGAGGAUAUAAAUACCCAUUCAUCGCUCCUUCUAGGGUUACUAAAGGAGCUUCUUUACAAUAUCUCGACUUUCGGUUGAGAUAGUCAAAAUAAUCAAUUCCACAGUGUUUUGUCAUUCCAUUACCUCAAAGGGAAACCCGACAGAAUGUAAAGGGAGAGCAGAAAUCAAGCGCUAGAUAGAUCUCAUCACUGUUUCUAAGAUGCAUGCUCAUCGUCAUGUGGUGUCUGGAUUGUGGUUAAUAUUAGCACUGCUGAACAGAAAAUAGAGAAACACUUUACUUCAAGGGGUGUUCAUAGGACUGUCAUGAAGCCUUUAUAAUCAUGACACGACAUAAGAUUUUAUGCAUGCUUAUGAAAACUGUUAUUAAGUGUCAUUCACUCAGUUAGGUCAUUUUAAAUGCAGAGAUGACAUUGUUUGUUAUGACAGCUUGAUGUAGACAAUUACAUCACAACCUGUUUUUGCCUGUCAUGACGACUUGACAUUACCAAGACAACAAAACCUGUCAUAAACAUGAUUGUCAUGAGGCAUUAUAAUUGUCAUGAAUAUUUUUCUGAUCACGUUUCACUGUAUUUGAAAUUAAAAUGUCUCAUUAAGUGUUAUUACUCUGUCAGAAGAACAUCAUUAAUAUUUAAUGACAUUUUAAUGACAAAUUCAGCUUGUAUCACUGUAGCUGAGGUCAAAAAAACUAAUUACUGAUGCUUUUAUAAAAUUCAAAACAAUUAUAAUGCUUCAUGACAAUCAUGUUUAUGACAGAUUUAUGAGGUCAAGUUGUCAUGACAGACAAAAACAGGUUGUGAUGUAUUUGUUCCCAUAAAAUGAGGGAAAUUAGAAAGAUAUUAUAGAAAUUAGUGUGUUCCCAAUCGUAUUAUGUUGAAAAGAGUGUGCCAAAGGUUCUAAAUGUACUAUUUCUGGUAAAAAUGUGAAGUGUAAAACAGUCUGCACCCAAACUGCUAAUCAAUACAUUGGACGCUGGACGUGAAUUCGAUUAGAACUACAAAUGCGGGUUAAAAUGUAAACAAACUACAAACAUGGCGGACGCGCGAGACCAACCGUCAACUAGACAGACUUCGGUAAAGUCGUUUGAAUGACUAUUUAUUAAUAUCUAGCCAACUAUAAAAUCUUUAAAUCACAUUUUCCGUGUUUAAUUUCAUCUGGAACAACAAUGUGGACUUCUAUAAAGACGUGUUUGGUCAUUACCUUCUGAAUUCUGCAUAAUUAUCCAAACACCUGAGGAGAUUUCUCAGCAUGACAGACUCGCGAACGGAAGAUUAACAUGCUGCUGCUGCUGAAUCUGCAAUAACGAAGGUAAUUAAAUAUGAAAGACAUGUGGAUGAUGUGUGAAGAUGAUUGACAGGGUUAUUUACAACAGAACGGUCCGUUAAUGAGGAAAUAGUUUGGUCCAGCUUGAACUGAACACUCAAGUCAUGAGAAUUAAGACGCAGCAAAUGUCUCUUAGCUUUUAAAAUAUAUAUAUAACCGAGCGAAUGACACUUAAUAACAUUCAUAAAUAUUCAUAAAACAUGCUUAUAAAGGUUACAUGACAGUCUUAUGAACACUCCAAGUGAAGUGUUAGCUAAAAUAGACCAUCGCUUAUCGAAACACUGCUAACCAUGUAACGCCACUGCAGAGUGUUUAUAUGUGGGUCAGUGUUAAAGCUGUACUAUAUGACUGUACGGUGUUAUGACCACAACAUGUUAUUAUACCACUAAUCAUCAUAACAAUUUCCCAGCUGUUCUCUUUUCGAUUGGUACAGUAUUAUCUCUGCAAGCUUGUGUGUUCGUGAACGUUUGCAGAUCGCCAUGAACAUCGUCGUCCAACAUGUGCAGUUUGGCUAAUUUUCCUUUUGUUUUGUUUGGUGGGUGUUUGUUUUUCGCUUUGAUUUCCUUUUCCUAACUCCCUAGACCUUCACUUUAUACAGAAAUGCUUAACAGAUUCUAAUAUAUAUUUGUAUUUCAUUUUGGUAUAGUAUUUUUAUAUGUUAAAGAAUAAAUUUGUGUUUUCAGGAUUUUACUAUCGAGCAGCAGGUGUGAAAUUUGGUGUUUCAUUCGGUCGUUUGCUUAUAAAGGCUACACUGGCCCAAACCAUAGAUGAUUAUUAGCUGAUAUUAUUAGGCUUAUUGCAAUAGGAUUAUUUCUUUUUCUUUUUUUUUUUUAAAUAUCCUAGCCUAAAUGUUGUCUUCCAUGUGAAUACCACAUUUAAUUCCUUCAAAUUUUCUUUGUGCUUGGUUUUGUCCUUAUUUAUUUUAAAGCCCUCUCCAGAUAGAAAGCUGAAUAUUCCUUUAUGAGUAUGAUUUUUUUUUUUGUUGAGUUGUGAAUAAAUUCAGGUCAUUGAGAUUUAAUAGGGAAGUUACCGUCCAGAUAUAAUCGCUACUAACAUCUCAAGCGCAGACCAAAAGAAAAAGAAAAACGCUUACGCUGCCAUAUUUUUAGUUGCGAGACCAUUCAAGAACUUUGCAGUAAUGGAACCCCAUACGUUCAUUAUUUUGAACCACUCGGUUGGUGUUGUCCAGAUCGCCGGCCUGUUUUGUUACACUACUGUGGAAACGUAUUGCUCUUAUUGUACAUGGAGGUAUUGGGAACGAACGUUAUCUUCAAUGUUUUCGCAGUGCUUCAGUGCAGACGGAUCAUCGGAAAGGGUUACGAACUCAUCCUGUAGAUUUCAUUGGUCCGAUCUAACCUCGUGCCAGACACAACCAUCGCAUCAUGAACUCAAGAAUCUUUGUGAAAGAUACUGUCGCUGUUGCAUAUAGAACAUGUAAGAGCUCUUGCUGUUUUAUUCUUCUGAUGUUACGUUGAUAGUUACGUUGACUAACUGCAGUUACUCCGAAUGUAAGUAGCGCCACCAAAAUGUUUACUGAACUUCCUUCUUUUUCAUUCAUUAAAAUGUGUGAUUAUGAG